UUAAUUAUCUUCUCAAGCGCAUGGUGAUGCAUGCAUUUCUAUGCUUGGAAGCCAGUUUCUUCUGUCCUUUCUAGCUCAAAGAGAAUGAGAAGCAAAACGGGUUCUUGUAAAUCUUCCCUGUUUAAUUUUCUUUCUCUGAUUAUUGUCUUCUUGGUGGUUUCUGGAGAAGAGAAUGCUCAGCAACUACUUGUUAAGGAGAGAAUUUCUUUGCUUUCUUUCAAAUCCAGCGUCGUAUUAGAUCCUGAAGGAGCUCUUAAGAGCUGGAACUCCUCGAACAUUCAUGUAUGCAAUUGGACAGGAGUUAAAUGCAACAACUCCAGCAGUCAAAUAGUCCAGCUUGAUCUUAGUGGCUUGUCACUUAGAGGCAGGAUUUCUCCAGCUCUAGCUAAUCUUUCUUCUCUGGUGAUUCUUGAUUUGUCAGCAAACUUCUUUUCAGGCCAAAUUCCAGCAGAAUUGGGGUAUCUGUCCAAACUGAGACAACUCAGUUUGUCAUGGAAUCUUCUGGAAGGAAAGAUUCCUUUUGAGUUGGGUUUCCUUCACCAAUUAGUGUAUCUUGAUUUGGGAAGUAACAGGCUUGGUGGUGAUAUUCCUGAACCAAUUUUUUGUAAUGGGUCAUCUUCUUUGGAGUAUAUAGACCUUUCCAACAAUUCUUUGAGUGGUGAAAUCCCUUUAAAGGUUGAAUGUGCACUUAGAGAUUUGAGAUUUCUUUUGCUUUGGUCAAAUAAACUAGUGGGUCAUGUUCCUCAAGCUCUUUCCAACUCCUCAAAACUUCAAUGGCUUGAUUUGGAAUCAAAUAAGCUAAGUGGGGAAUUGCCAUGUAAGGUGUUUAAUAAAAUGCCACAGUUACAGUUCCUCUACUUGUCUUAUAAUGACUUUGUUAGCCAUGAUGGUAACACCAAUCUUCAACCUUGGUUGGCUUCUUUAGCUAAUUCCUCUAGCUUUCAAGAGCUUGAAUUAGCAGGAAAUAAUCUCGUUGGAGAGAUUCCUCCUAUUAUUGGUGAUCUUUCUACCAGUCUUGCACAGAUUCAUCUAGAUGAGAAUCUUCUCUAUGGCUCUAUACCUCCUGAAAUUUCAAAGCUAGUUAACCUCACCCUCUUGAACUUGUCUAGUAACCUUUUGAAUGGCACCAUCCCUCCUGAACUGUGUCACUUGGGAAAAUUAGAGAGAGUUUAUUUGUCAAAUAAUUCACUCUAUGGUGAAAUUCCUGCUGCUCUUGGUGGUAUUCCCCAUCUGGGUCUUCUUGAUUUGUCCAAAAACAAGCUUUCAGGUUCAAUUCCAGACAGUUUUGCUAAUCUUUCCCAGUUAAGAAGACUCUUGCUUUAUGAAAAUCAGCUCUCAGGAACCAUCCCACCAAGCCUGGGAAAAUGCAUCAAUUUAGAAAUCCUAGACCUUUCUCAUAAUCAAAUUUCUGGAAUAAUUCCAAGUGCAGUUGCAGGAUUGAGAAGCUUGAAAUUGUACUUGAAUUUGUCUAGCAAUCACUUAGAGGGUCCUUUACCACUAGAGUUGAGUAAAAUGGAUAUGGUGCUAGCAAUUGAUCUAUCUUCAAACAAUCUCUCAGGCACCAUUCCUACUCAGCUUGGAAGUUGCAUUGCAUUAGAGUCCCUUAACAUUUCAGGCAAUAUGUUAGAAGGUCCUCUUCCUGCUUCAAUAGGGCAGUUGCCUUAUCUUAAGCAACUUGAUGUUUCUUCUAAUCAAUUGAGUGGUGAAAUUCCAAAGUCUUUGGAGGAAUCCCCAUCGCUCAAGCAGCUCAACUUCUCUUUCAACAAGUUCUCUGGCAAUGUUUCUGACAAGGGUGCAUUUUUUUCUCUGACAAUAGACUCCUUCUUAGGCAAUAAAGGCCUAUGUGGCACAAUAAAAGGCAUGUCAAGAUGUAGAAAAAAACAUGCCUAUCUUUCUUUUAUCUUUCCUGUGCUCCUAUCUCUACUGUUUGCCACUCCUUUCUUGUGUAUGUUCCUAGUAUUCAGGUCAAGAUUCAGAAGGCAGUUGGCGAUAUUCAAUCAAAAGAACUUGGAAGAUGAGGAUAAAGAAACAAAAGAGCUUAAGUAUCCAAGAAUCUCAUAUCAGCAACUCAUUGAAGCUACUGGUGGAUUUAGUGCUUCAAGCCUGAUCGGUUCAGGCCAGUUUGGUCAUGUCUACAAGGGAGUUCUUCAAGAUAAUACAAGGAUAGCUGUCAAGGUAUUGGAUUCAAAGGCAGCCAGGGAACUUUCAGGAAGUUUCAAAAGAGAAUGCCAAGUGCUAAAGAGGGCAAGACAUAGAAAUCUGAUAAGAAUCAUCACAAUAUGCAGCAAACCUGACUUCAAAGCUCUUGUCCUUCCACUAAUGUCAAAUGGGAGCCUGGAGAGGUAUCUUUACCCAACCAAUGGAUUAAACCAUGGCUUGGAUUUGGUUCAGUUGGUAAGCAUAUGUAGCGAUGUGGCCGAAGGUGUGGCCUAUUUGCACCAUUAUUCUCCUGUUAGAGUUGUGCACUGUGACCUGAAACCUUGCAAUAUUCUCCUGGAUGAUGACAUGACUGCUCUGGUAACCGAUUUCGGAAUAGCAAGAUUGGUUAAAGGAAUUGAUGAGAGUAGUACUUCAAGAAAUGAUUCAGUAUCCUUUAGCUCAACAGAUGGCUUGUUGUGUGGAUCUCUUGGCUAUAUAGCUCCAGAAUAUGGAAUGGGCAAGCAAGCUUCAACACAAGGAGAUGUUUACAGUUUUGGGGUCCUCCUGCUAGAAAUUGUAGCAGGAAAACGUCCCACAGAUGUUCUUUUCCAUGAAGGUUCAACCUUGCAUGAGUGGGUGAGGAGUCACUACCCACAAAAGCUCGACUCGAUUAUUGAAAGAACAAUACUUAGAAUUGCUCCAGCUUCCAUUCCAGCUUACUGUAAGAAAAUAUGGAGUGUUGUUAUUGUGGAAUUGAUUGAGCUUGGUCUUAUGUGCACACAAUACAAUCCUUCUACUAGACCAAUCAUAUUAGAUGUUGCCCAUGAAAUGGCUAGGCUAAAGCAGUUUCUUUCUAACCCUCCUUCACUGCUUAUUGAAGAAGAAGAAAAGCAUCAUCCAAGCUAGUUACUUCAAGAUUAAAUUAAGCCAAGGAGAGAUGAUAUUCUUAUGUAGAGUGUUGUAACAAUCAACUCACAAAUAAUAAAAGUGAUUAAAAAUAAUUACAACUACUAAUUAUUUUUCUUCUCUCUCCUAACCCACGUGCACUCAACCACUCACAAUUUGGCCUGCAUUUCACUUACCAGGGCAAAGCACA